UUUCCGGUUCCGGGAGCAACGAACGGCCGCGGCAGCGACAGCUAUCGCUUCAGAGGAAGCGUCUGCGGAGGAGGAAGAAGAGCGGGGCAAGGCGGGAGUCACAGGCGGGACCCUCGCCAUGGGUCCGCGGACCUAGAGCAGCGGAAGCUACCGGCCCGGUGCCGAGCUGGCCGUUGCUCCUUCCUGUGGCCCCCAUGGCUGAGGACUGGCUGGACUGCCCAGCCUUGGGCCCCGGCUGGAAGCGCCGCGAGGUCUUUCGAAAGUCAGGUGCCACCUGUGGACGCUCAGACACCUAUUACCAGAGCCCCACAGGAGACAGGAUCCGAAGCAAAGUUGAGCUGACCCGAUACCUGGGCCCUGCGUGCGACCUUACCCUCUUCGACUUCAAACAAGGCAUUCUGUGCUAUCCGGCCCCCAAGGCCCAACCUUUAGCUGUGCCUAGCAGGAAGCGGAAGAAGCCUUCACGGCCAGCCAAGACUCGAAAACGUCAGGUUGGACCCCAAAAGGGUGAGGUCAGGAAGGAAGCCCCAAGAGAUGAGACCAAGGCUAAUGCUGACACAGCCCCAGCUUCACUCCCUGCACCUGGGUGCUGUGAGAACUGUGGAAUCAGCUUCUCAGGCGAUGGUACCCGGAGGCAGCGGCUCAAGACCUUAUGCAAGGACUGCCGAGCGCAGAGAAUUGCUUUCAAUCGGGAACAGAGGAUGUUUAAGCGUGUGGGCUGUGGGGAGUGCGAGGCCUGCCGGGUAACCGAGGACUGCGGGGCCUGCUCCACCUGCCUUCUGCAGCUGCCCCAUGAUGUGGCCUCGGGGCUGUUCUGCAAGUGUGAGCGGAGACGGUGCCUCCGGAUUGUGGAAAGGAGCCGAGGGUGUGGAGUGUGCCGGGGCUGUCAGACCCGAGAGGACUGUGGCCGUUGCCGAGUCUGCCUUCGCCCGCCUCGCCCUGGUCUCAGGCGCCAGUGGAGGUGUGUCCAGCGGCGCUGCCUACGGCACCUUGCCCACCGUCUCCGUCGCCACCAUCAGCGAUGUCAACGACGCCCUCCCCUGGCUGUGGCUCCCCCUGCUGGUAAACGUAGCCGCCGCAGAGGGGGCUGUGACUCCAAGAUGGCUGCCCGGCGGCGCCCCCCCCGAACCCAGCCAUUGCCUCCGGUUCCCCCAUCACAGCCUCCAGAGUCCCCAGAGCUGCACCCCAGAGCCCUGGUCCCCUCGCCACCUGCCGAAUUCAUCUAUUACUGUGUAGACGAGGACGAGCUACAGCCUUACACCAACCGCCGGCAGAACCGCAAGUGUGGAGCCUGUGCAGCCUGCCUGCGGCGGAUGGACUGUGGUCACUGCGACUUCUGCUGUGACAAGCCUAAAUUUGGGGGCAGCAACCAAAAGCGCCAGAAGUGUCGUUGGCGCCAGUGCCUGCAGUUUGCCAUGAAGCGGCUGCUGCCUAGUGUCUGGGCAGGAUCUGAGGAUGGGGCAGGGCCACCCCCACACUCUCGUCGAAAGAGACCUGGCUCUACUCGAAGGCCCCGUCCGGGUCAGAUAUUGAAGACCUCCUUGACCGCACCUACCGCCCGACCAGGCCAUGCCCAGACUCCAAUGAAACAAGAAACAGGCAGUGGCUUUGUGCUGCCCCCACCUGGCACUGACCUUGUGUUCUUACGGGAAGGUGCAAGCAGUCCCGUGCAGGUGCCUGGCCCUGCCGCAGCUUCCACAGAAGCCCUGUUGCAGGAGGCCCAGUGCCCUGGCCUGAGUUGGGUUGUGGCCUUACCCCAGGUGAAGCAAGAGAAGGCGGAUGCCCAGGAAGACUGGACACCGGGCACAGCCAUCCUGACUUCUCCUGUAUUGCGGCCUGGCUGCCCCAGCAAGGCAGUGGACCCAGACUUGCCACGUGUGAAGCAAGAGCCACUGGACCCUGAGGAGGACAAAGAGGAAGAGAGCAAGGAUGACUCCGCCUCUGACUCGGCCCCAGAGGAGGAGGCAGGAGGGGCUGGCACACCCGUGAUCACGGAGAUUUUCAGCCUGGGUGGAACCCGCCUCCGGGACACAGCAGUCUGGUUGCCAAGAGGAAGGGAGCGCGGUUGCUGGAGGCCUGGCCGAGGGCGGGGUGAGGACCGCGCAGACUCAGCUCCUCGGCUCCGGGAGGAAGUUGAGAACACCGGCGUCUAUGGUCACCAUGGUGACGGGACCGACUUCGGCCCCUCCCAUCUGCCCCUCACCCUGCCGGGCGCACCAUGGCAACCAGACCUCUGCAUUGCGGAAGCUGGUCUCACUGGUCUCCACAGUUGGGAAACCGCGGCGGACGCCGCCCCCAUCCCGAGGGACUCGAAAAUGUACAGCCAGCGAUUUGGCAUCACACAGCGGGAGGUUAAGGGCCCCACUCCCAAGGUGGUGAUCGUGAGAGCUAAGCCUCCCAAAGCUCAAGGGGCUGAGCAAAAUCUGCAAAGAAUCCAACGCAGCCAUCAGAAACGUCAUGCUAUCUUGGCUUCCAUUAAGUCAAAGGAGCGGGAUCGCUUGAAAGUUGACUGGGACCAGCACAGUGAUCACAAGUUCGUGGACAGUCUUGUGAAAGCGAGAAUCAAGGAUGCCAUGCAAGGUUUUAUCAUCAACACUGAGGAAAGACGAAAUAAGCUACGUGAACUUUUAGCAUCAGAAGAAAAUGGGUAUUUUACUGAAAUGCAGUUGAAAGAAGAAACAAUUGAGGAGAAAAAAGAUAGAAUGAAAGAUAAAACCAGAUUAUUGAAAGAGAAGAAAGAAAAAGAGAGACAGGAUUUUGUGGCUGAAAAAUUAGACCAGCAAUUCAGGGAAUGCUGUGAGGAGCUCCGUGUUCAUUUGUUUUGUGUCCAUCAGAAGAAGGUGUGUGAGGAACGGAAAGCACAGAUAGCUUUUAAUGAGGAACUGAAAAGACAGAAACUGAUAGAAGAGCAGAUGUUCUCAAAGCUCUGGGAGGAAGACCGAUUAGCCAAGGAAAAGCGAGAAGCCGAAGAGGCAAGGAGGCAGAAAGAGCUGGUGGAGAACACACGCCUGGGGCUGGAUGCCCAGAUCACCAGCAUCAAGGCGCAAAGGCGGGCUGCGCAGCAACUAAAGGAAGAGGAGGCACGCUUUGUGGAAAAUGACAAAGCACAGGUGAAACUUGAGAAUGAACAGGAUAAGCUAAAGAAAUGGAAGACAAAACAGGAACUUAGGGCUGCUCUGCAAAAAGCCCUCCUAGAGAAGACAGAGCAUAUUCAGCAGGAAUGCAGAGAAGAGCAGGACUUGAACAUGAAGCUCCUGCAGAGGGCCCUUCAAGACUUACAGGAUGAAGCUGAUAAAAAGAAGCAAAAAAAGGAAGAGAUGGCAAGAGAACAGGAGAUAUAUCGUCAGUAUUUGGCACAGCGGCGUGAGGAGGAAAGAGCUCAGGAGAAACAAUUGGACAGAAUAUUAGAGGCAGAGAAGGAAAAGAAGUUGGCUGAGAAGGACAAGGAGCUAAGACUUGAAAAGGAGGCAAGGAGACAACUUGUGAAUGAGGUCAUGUGUACAAGAAAACUUCAAGUUCAAGAAAAAUUGCAACGAAAGGCAAAAGAACAGGAAGAACGUGCUAUGGAACAGGAACGUAUAAAUGAAGGUCUUGAAGAACUUAACCGUGAAGAGAAGGAGAAUUUUGCAAGACGCUCCAGUUUGGCCCGGGAAUACAGGAAGCAACUUGAGAUGCAGAUGUCGUACCAGCAGCAGGCCCGGGAAGCAGAGAAGGAAGAGGAGCGCAGAGAGUUUGAAGCAGGAGUGGCAGCAAACAAGAUUUGCCAGGACAAGAUCUGGGAGAUCCUGUCAGUCCAUCCCGUGCUGUCCCGAAACACCCAUCCCAUGCGGAGGGCCUGCCCGGAUCAGCUCCCACCGUAGUCUCACAAAUGUUAAUAUAUUUUUGCUCAGUCUUUUAAUGUUUUUCACUACAGUAUUUCAACUCACAAAUAAACUUUCCUUUAUUUCUCUGA